GUCUGACAGUUCUCGAACAAUUUCACAACAAUGUUGUGAUGUCGUUUAUAAAUCGUGCAUAAUGUGAAAUAAGUUAACAACUUGACAAAAAAAAUGCCAAUUCAGGCUCCUCAGUGGACUGAAUUCUUGUCAUGUCCAGUUUGCUGCAAUGAGUUCGACAUUGCACUCAGAGGCCCCAUCAGUUUGGGAUGUGGCCAUACAAUAUGCAAAGCAUGCCUAUCAAAUUUACAUAGAAAACAGUGUCCCUUUGACCAGACUAUAAUAAGUAUUGACAUUGAAAGUCUACCAAUAAAUACAGCACUUCUGCAAUUAGUAAGCAGUUCCAAUAAGAUUGACAAUGAUGAAGUGCUAGAUUCAAAAAUUGUAUCCCGGGAAAAUGCUGCCUUAUAUAUGUCAUCGAAAAAGUGUGUGGAGGAGUUGGCCAUGUAUUUAAAACCAUUUUCUAAUGGGAACAUAUGUGGGAGUGCUGCUCUUCUAACUAGGCCAAUGCAAAGAAAAUUAGUUACUUUAAUCAAUUGCCAAUUGGUUGAAGAUGAGGGAAGAACCAGAGCGAUGAGGGCAGCAAGAUCUUUAGGAGAAAGAACAGUUACAGAAUUAAUAUUACAACAUCAGAACCCACAACAACUUUCUGCAAACUUAUGGGCUGCAGUUAGGGCCAGGGGUUGUCAGUUUCUUGGGCCAGCAAUGCAAGAAGAUGUUUUGAAACUGGUUUUAUUGGCUUUGGAGGAUGGAUCAGCUCUUUCAAGAAAAGUUUUGGUAAUGUUUGUUGUGCAAAGAUUGGAACCCCAUUUUGCACAGGCUUCAAAAACUAGCAUAGGGCAUGUUGUCCAAUUGUUAUACAGAGCAUCAUGCUUCAAGGUUUCAAAGCGCGACGGUGAUUCAUCUUUGAUGCAAUUAAAAGAGGAAUUUAGAACUUACGAGGCUCUUAGACGUGAACAUGAUGCGCAAAUUGUACAGAUCGCAACAGAGGCCGGCUUAAGAAUUGCACCUGACCAGUGGUCAGCGCUACUCUAUGGUGACACUGCCCACAAGUCACACAUGCAGAGUAUCAUCGAUAAAUUGCAAACUCCACAAUCUUUUGCACAAUCUGUUCAAGAGUUAGUAAUCGCAUUGCAGAGAACCGGUGAUCCUGGGAAAUUAUCUGUUCUGAGACCGGAUUUGGAGUUAUUAGCCAAAAUAGAUUCCAGUUCAGAAUCGACUACACCAUCAUGGAAAGAUUGCAGUGAAUCACUGGAUGCAGUUAAAAAAGUAGUAGCUGGUUUAGUGGAAUUCAUUCAUCAGCAUGGAAGUAGAAAGGUUCAAGAUCCUGUGCUCACGCAACACUCCAAAUAUAAGAUCAGCAUGUGUCGAGAUUUAUCGCUCAGAGGAAUCUGUCCGAGAAGCACUAACUGCACGUUCGCACACUCUCACGAAGAACUGGAAAAGUAUAGAGCGAAAAAUAGGAAAGCGAGUUUGCGAAACAAAGAACAUGGUUUGGACAAACAAUCUCCGAUAGACGGUGUUUAUCAAUUUGAUGAUUAUUAUCCAUUUCCAGCGAGUAAUCCGACUGUGAAUUUACCGGCAGUCGUUUCAAUCCCGAGGGUAAGCUACGACGUGCCGUUUCCAAACCCAAACUUCCCGACAAAUGGACCGUAUCCAGCACCACAAACCAUUUACACACCAACCACGAACUAUCCACCGGAAGUCUACCCUACUGCUCCAUCUCACAACAACACAAUGGUCUUGGCCAAUGGAGGCCAAUACUAUACACAAACAGAUUUUGAAGGUGGUCCACCCACUGCAAAUCAAAACACAGAGAUGCCCAAACAUGGCUAUUUGAACUGGGAGCAAAUGAUGAGCAAAGCGCCACAAAUAGCCAAUAAUCAGCCGAAGGUGCGCGAAAUGAUGACUAUGAAAAAGUUGGCUGACCUAAAGCAAAGAAAACAGGAAGUGAUUUCGCAAUUGGAGAAAGUUGUUGGGAAGAAUAAGGCUACGGCGAUCUCGAAUUCGGCUUCGAAUUUCGCCCGGCAGGAAUCAGCUCACGAUCUGGACAGCCCCACGUCCCCGUAUAGCUUCUUCACCAGCAUCAACCCAGGUCCGACUUUCGUACGUUCAGAUUCCAUCCUUGCAGAUGACGACUAUGUACCUUACGAUGCUCCGUGCGUCAGCAAAUAUGGACCGAUAUCGCGAAUGCACAAAGACAACGUCAGUAUGAACCAAAGUGUGCAAGUUCCAGCAUCUUUCCGAGAUGGUUCGAUCACGGCAUCCUUGGGAAGAAGACCGGUUUCAGCUGCUAGUCCAGUUACACCAUUUUUUUUCAAUCAUCAACAAGCUGCAAUAACUGGUCAUCAUCAUCCGCUCAUGGGCGCUCCACCUACAAACAUGGGAGAUGGUUAUAUUACCAUCGGUAAGCGUUCUCAGCAAUUGUUUUUUAGAAGUAUGCAAGAUCCUUCAAAAGAAUUGAUGGCUGAAUCGCAGAGGGUAAAAUUGCAAUUAAAAAAUUUGGAAAAGCAAUUGAACGAUUUAAAAUUGGCUACGCAGGGAGUAACGCCUCAAAACGAAGGAGACAUUUUGACACAGGAAUUACAAAUAAUUGAACAGGGAAUUCAAGAGCGACAGAAAGAGGCCUGCUUGAAUCGCAUCGUUUCUACAUUAAAUCAAAACUAUCAAGAUGAUGCUACUUACGAAGAGGGAAUCGCAAACGACAUGAAAGAAUUGGAGCUGAUGUGGGACGAGGAGCUCGACAAGCAGGAGAAGAGGUGGAGCAGUGAGGAGGAUAAGUAAAUAUUAAACCCAAUGGGUUCAAAACUUUCCUUUACACUACAAUUUUUGGGGUCGGAGACGAAGCAUUCGUGGUGAGCAAUACUGCGCGCCACUACGUAUGCCUAUGUAGUAGUGUAAUUUAAUAUCGAUCAUUUUAUUUUGACUAUGGUGCUAUAAAUUAAAUUUGCAAGUGUGCUGUGAAUUGAAACAAUAGGAUUUUCGGGCGGCACACAGGAGGCGGUAUGAGAUUUUUUAUUGAAAUUUGAUAGGGAAGGAAGGAAAUUGAUACAAACUAUUUAUAUACAUGUAUUUGGAUUGAAGGAAAUAUGGUAAAGUUUAUUGAUUGAUGAUUACUUCCAGUUUUAUUGGAACCCUGGACGCAAAUGUACAUCGUAACUGUCCAGGUCUUGUUUUUUUAUUUUAAAUAUUUAAAACAAAUAUAUAAUAAUAUAAUUAAUUAUAUUGUGGGGCAGAGCUUGCACAUUUGUCUGCCUGUCUGUAACAUAAUCAUACUGUGUGUGAUUGGUAUAUCAAUGUUAUCAGUUGAUCUAACUCGAAGAGUCCUGUUGCUUAUAAGAAAACUGGUCAAUUUAUAUUCACUUACCAUCAUUUCAAAUUACAUUUUCUAUUUUCCGGAUUGAAGGCAGCCAGGUUUUCUUAUAACUGGAGGUACCUUUGAACUAUGGUAAGCAUUUGUUUGAAAAUGCAUGUUUUGUUUAUUUUAUUACUAGAUAUUUUGCUUAA